AAUUGCAUGCGACGAGCUGCCACUGUUUCCUUCAGUUCUUACGUAAUAGUCGUCUGUAACAGAGUGUAUAGUUCAAAAACAACCUCGAUUCUUUCCCGAUCGAAAUAUGCGCUCAGUAGACUUCGUGAACGUCGUUUGAAAAGAUGCUGGAGCCCAGCAGAAACCGUGCUAAGGGGGAGAAACAGAAGCAGAGGACUACAUUGGAGAAGUGUUUGAUCCCUGCUGUUGCUGUAGUGUCUGUUAUUGCCUUGGUUUUUUUGAUAUUGUACUUCACUAAAAACUGUUCUCCAUCAGAAGAAGAAUGCACGGACAAAAACUGCGUCAAGGCCGCCGCGGAACUGCUCGAAUUCGUGGACCUCAAGAAGGAUCCCUGCGACGACUUCUACCACUACGUCUGCGGUCAUUACAUAAAAGACGCAGUCAAAAACGCCGCCCCCACACCGAUUCUUCAGAUAACGAAUCAGGUGGAUAACGAGAAGAAGGCCAUCAUCGUCGAUCCUAUCUCGAAAAGGGAUUCUAAGCCGAACGUUGCCAUGAAGAAAUUCUACCAGGCUUGCAUGAACGAAACAAGGAUAGACGCGGAUAAAGACGCCAAUUUUUGGGAAGCAAUAAACCAGUUAGGUGGUUGGCCAUUGGUGAAUGGGUCUGAUUGGGAAGGUGAUUCUUUCGACUGGGUGGACUUCCACAUAAAGUCGGUCAAAUUAGGGCUUCCUAUCAUUGGUUUCUUCGAGUUCAAGCCUGCAGUGGUUUCUGAUAACACUACGAUUCUUAGGGUGACCAAAUCUGCCAUUACUCGUGUUUCCUUGACCGAAUAUCCUUUCUUGAUGGGAGGUUUAAUGAGAGCUUUCAACGGCACUGGUGGUACCAGCGAGGAUAUUUCAGAAGUAUAUGAAUUCAUGAAGAAUGUGAAGAAGUUGGGUGAGGAUUUCAAGGAGGAUGGCGAUUAUAAUUCGGACAUCUUAACGGUCGGAGAUUUAAAUCGUGAAUGUCCACAAGUACCCUGGCUAAAACUUCUGAAUGGUCUUUCCAGUGGGGUCAGGGAAUUCAAGGAUGACACGAAAGUCGUGUUCGGAUCUAUCGGAAAGUAUUGUGAGAAACUACACAAGUUAUUGGGGGAUACAUCUGCACGGAAAAUAGCCGAUUAUUACGUGUGGAGCAUAAUUCACAACUCUUACGAUUUCAUGAGCAGAAAGGUGAGAGACGCCUUUGAGCAUUUGCAGUUUAUGAGAGAGGAAAGAUUCAAGAAAUGUUUUGAUUUGACCGAUAGAAGUUUCUUAUAUCUGAAAGAGACACUGUACAUAAGGCGAAAAACUAAUCCUCAAGUGAAGAAACAACUGGAGGAACUGAUAGAAAUUAUGAAAAAAAUCUUUAUCGAACACGUCAAAGCGUCUACUUGGAUGGACGAAGAGACCAAAAAGAGAGGCGUUGAGAAGGCUUUACUGAUUGAAAAAGUGAUUGGAGCCGAUGAUAUCCUGUACGAUGUGGACAAGUUCGAUAAACUCCUUGGUGUAGAUGGGCUCGAAUUUUCUUCUGAUGUUCCCUACCAAAUCUUCAGGGAAAAAAGGAUCAGAGAGAAUAAACGCCUUUGGGAAACGGUAUAUGAGGAGACGCAGGACAAUUGGGAAGUUUUCUUCGACGAAGUGGAUGGAGUCAACGCUUUCUUUGCAGCUCCCCUCAACAUCAUGAUUAUACCAGCGCCUAUUCUGACCUCUAUUUUCUUCAACUACAAACUACCAGCCUUCAUGAAUUACGGAUCUAUCGGAAGGGUGGUUGGUCACGAACUGCAGCAUGGGUUCGGAGAGUUUGGUCGCAACGUGAUCUUGAAGAACAACGAAGAGGUUGACUGGUGGACUAACGCGACGGCUGAGGCUUUUAAUAAAACCAAACAAUGCGCCAUACAAGAAUACGAAAGGGUUCCUUUCUCGUAUAAGUUGAAUGGCACUCUCACCCUGGAAGAGAACCUGGCAGACAUUGUUGGAAUAGACGUCGCUUAUGAAGCUUACAAUGAGUGGGUGAAGAGAUAUGGAGAGGAGAAAAAACUGCCAGGGAUACCUUUGACACCCAAACAAAUAUUCUGGAUACAAACUGGAACCUUCCUGUGUUUCAGAAAGCUGGACGAUGAGAACAUAGAUCUGAACGCUGAAGAUGUACAUGCCAUACCUUCGUUUAGGGUCACUGCCGGUGCAAGAAAUUCGAGAUACUUCGCGAAGGAUUUCGGUUGUCCCGAAGGUUCUUUCAUGAACCCCAAAGAAAAAUGCAGAAUUCUAUGAAAGUAGGUGUUUAUUUCGUUAGAGCUGGAGGCCUCUCGAAAUCACGAUCUUCCAGAAAUUUCUGGAUUCAAUUUUAUAGUUAUAAGAUCUCUUCUGGAGAAGAGUUAUGAAUGCGAAUUGUACAAAUUAAUGUGUUGAAUCAACAUCAACCAUUUUUUAUCUGGAUAUCACAUUCAAAGUAAUGCAAAGUGUAACCUUGUUUUAACAGUAAAAUUUGUAAAUGAAAAGAGAAAAUUGGUAA